AUGAAGGACCUGAAGCGGAAAGAACUCAAUGGCUUAUUAAUGAGUGAGCGGACUCCCGCGCCCCGCGCCGAGUCCGCCGGCCCGGACCCCGCCGCUGCCGACCCGCCCUCCGAGCCAUCGGUUGAUCGUAUUUGUUUGCUGUUUUCUGACGUGACUUCACUGAAAAGCUUUGACUCUCUUACAGGCUGUGGAGAUAUUAUUGCAGACCAAGAAGAGGAAGCAGGGCCCAGCGGUGACAAGAGCGCCCCUGGAGCAGGCAAGCCAGCAGCCCCCCAAAAGAGCGCCGGCAUGCUGGCCUACCAAGGAGGCGGGGAGGAGAUGGCCAGCCCCGACGAGGUGGACACCACCUAUCUGCAGGAGUUCUGGGACAUGCUGUCCCAGACGGAGGAGCCCGGCCAGGCCCCCCAGGAGGGGGCGGGGAAGGCCGCGGCGGUGCUGGACCCCAAGGGCCUCCCCGAGGUGCACAAGGAAGCCAGGCGCGCCGAGGCCAAGAGCGUGGCCCUGGUCAAGCGCAGGAGGCUUCACCGGAUCCCCGUGGAGGCCCAGCAGAAGGAGGAGCCCAAGCCCCCAGAGAAGGAGCAGCAGGAAGGGGUCCCUAACAGUGACGAGGGCUACUGGGACUCGACCACGCCUGGGCCUGAAGAAGACGGCCCGGGCAGCGGGAAGAAGGCCGGGCUGCCCCGGGAUAGCUACAGCGGGGAUGCGCUCUAUGACCUGGACGCCGAGCCCGACGAGAGCCCCACGCUGGGCCCCCCCGCCAGCAGCAGCGACACGGCCUGCUUGUCCCGGUUAAAGCCGGUGUCUCCGGUCACCAUCACCUGCCCCUUGCGAACACCAGGCAGUUUGCUGAAGGAUUCUAAAAUCCCCAUCAGCAUCAAGCACCUCUCGAACCUUCCCCCCAGUCACCCUGUCGUGCACCAGCAGCCGACCCGGAGCGAGAUGCCCAGAACGAAAAUCCCCGUGUCCAAAGUGCUGGUCCGGAGGGUCAGCAACCGGGCCUUGGCCGGGACCACCAUGCGGGCCGCCGCGUGCCACGACGGUGCCAAAAAGUUGUGA